UGGGUGGGCGCGGCAGUCGGCGCGGCGGGGCCAUCUUCAGCGGCCGGGCUUGGCCAGCGCUGCCCGGCCCCGCGCCCCGCGCCCCGCGCCCCGCUCCGAUGGCGCCGCGGCCGCUCGGCCCCUUGGUGCUGGCGCUGGGCGGCGCCGCGGCCGUGCUGGGCUCGGUGCUCUUCGUCCUCUGGAGGGCCUAUCGCGCCCGCGGACGGGAGCGCCGCUGCGACGGCGCCGAGGCCUGGUGGGGCGCCGAGCCCGGCCGCCUCCCCGAGUGGGACGAGUGGGACCCCGAGGACGAGGAGGACGAGGAGCCGGCGCUGGAAGAACUGGAGCAACGCGAGGUGCUGGUGCUGGGGCUGGACGGUUCGGGCAAGACCACGUUCCUGCGCGUGCUGGCCGGGAAACCCCCGCUGGAAGGCCACGUCCCCACCUGGGGGUUCAACUCCGUGCGGCUGCCCACCAAGGACUUCGAGGUGGACCUUCUAGAGAUCGGUGGCAGCGAGAGCCUGCGCUUCUACUGGAAGGAGUUUGUGAACGAGGUGGACGUGCUGGUGUUCGUGGUGGACUCGGCCGAUCGCCCGCGGCUUCCCUGGGCCCGGCAGGAGCUUCACAGGCUGCUGGACAAGGACCCCGACCUGCCCGUGGUCGUGGUGGCUAACAAGCAGGACCUGAGCGAGGCGGUGAGUAUGGUGCAGCUGCAGCAGGAACUGGGCCUGCAGACCCUCGACAGCCAGCGCGAGGUCUUCCUGCUCGCCGCCAGCGUGGCCCCCGAGGGGCCCGGCUUCGAGAACCCUGGCACUGUGCACAUCUGGCGGCUGCUGCUGGAGCUGCUCUCCUAGGCUGCAGCCAACGGGGAGGGGGGGGGAGCUGGAGCCACCACCGCCAGGCAAAGCCUCUCCGGGAGUCGGCUUUGCACGCAGAGCAGGUGUGGUGGUGCAAGGGCGCUGCCUCAUUUCCAGGCUGGCACUGGAUCCAGCGUUCACCACAGGCUGCCGCCUCCCAGGUGAGCUGUGCGGCGAGCGCCCCCUGCAGGUCGGGGUCGGAACCGCGCUCUCAGACUGCCCCCUACUGGCGACUUGGUGCCCUGCGCCUUCCCACCUGGAUCUGACGUCUCUCUUGCUGCACUGCCUUUCUGGCCUCACCUUGCCGCUGUGCGGGGCCACGACUGUCAUGUUUUCCCACACUGGAGCUGCAGUUCCCAGCCCCAAAGAUCUUAACUGCUGGGACCACCCCAAGAGAUGGGGACGGGAGCUCCGUGAAGAAGUGCCACUAGGGGCUGGAGUGAUAGCACAGCGGGUAGAGCGUUUGCCUUGCACACGGCUCACCCGGGUUCGAUUCCCAGCAUCCCAUAUGGAUCCCCGAGCACCGCCAGGAGCGAUUCCUGACUGCAGAGCCAGGAGUAAGCCUUGUGCAUCGCGGGGUGUGAUCCAAAAAGCAAAAAUAGUGCCACUAGCCCCCGAACCUGGCUUCGCAGCUCCAGAAUUGAUUCACCCCCUCAUCAGAAAGGCCCACGCUGCCUGGCCAGGACCAGACUGGGCCGGUGUUCACCUUGGGGAAGCAGGGAGCCCAGGUACCCAAGAAGAUCACCACCCCGGGGGGUGUGAGAUGGUUUGGAACUUUUUCUUUCAUUCAUCCAAGAACAGGCAUUUGCAGGUCAACAUCUAAAUCCCAGAACACUGAGACUGUCAGGACAUUCCGACGCCAAACAUGGCCUGUGAAGGGCACUAGCUGGCACCCCAAAGAGUAACGCGCUCACCCAGCUCUCUCUACGGGCCCCGGCCCCGGGUGCAGGGAAUUCUGAGCCUUCACCUGGAACCAGCUGGACCUGAUGCCGUCUCUCUACCAAUCCCAUUCCGAGAGAAUGGCUGCCCAGGGAAGAUCCCCCCUCGGUGUUGGAACUGGAUCAACUGAUGGGGCAGCCUGGGCCCAUCCCCCUCAGCGCCAACAUAAUGGGAUGGGAUCUCUGGGUCCCCUUGAGCCUUUCAUCUAUCCCCCCCUCCCCAAAGUUUAUUACUGUAUCUACUUAUUUAUUUGGAAAGAUCUUCCCACCCACCCACUUUGGGCUUUCAUCAAAUGAAAACCGGGGGUGGGGGGAUUGAACAAAUAGACACACCCGGUGGUGCUCAGGGAUCACUCCUGGUGGAGUUCGGGGGACCCUAUGGAAUGUCGGAUAUUAAACCUGGGUCGGCCCCAUGCAAGGCAAGGCCCCCACCCCCGGUGUUCAUUUGAUGAUGCCAGGGGUGGAUCUUGAAAACUUCUCCCAAGGCAUUCUGGGCCUGGAGUCAGUUCCCCAGUCGCGGGGUCCCUAGACAUGUUGGGGCCAUAGACCGGGGCCUUCUUGGAACUCCUGAGCUCUCCACAGGAAGGAGGAAUCUUUUUUUUUUUUUGGUUUGCUUUUGACUCUUCAGUCAAAAUGAGGUAUCCAGGGGCUGGAGCGAUAGCACAGCGGGGAGGGUGUUUGCCUUGCACGCGGCCAACCCGGGUUCGAUUCCCAGCAUCCCAUAGGGUCCCCCUCCCCCCGGAGCACUGCCAGGAGUAAUUCCUGAGUGCAGAGCCAGGAAUAACCCCUGUGCAUCACCGGGUGUGACCCAAAAAGAAAAAAAAAAUAUGAUUCAGAUGGCUGAACUUGGCUGCCACCUUUUCUCCUUAAGCCCUAAGAAGUUCCAGAAACUUCUUUGGUUCCUGGGUAUGAGAGACAGUAUAGUGGGGAAACUGUCUGCCUUGCAAGUGGCUGACCCAGGCUCAGUCCCAGGCACCCCUUAGGAGCCCUUGGAGCCACUCCUUGUGACCUCUUGAGCCCACAGCCAGGAGUCUAUUCAGGGUGCCAACAGUGUGGCCUCAAAACCAAAAAGUCAAAAGAAACUUCUUUGGUUUCUGUGUUUUGGGCUCCCAGCUGAUGCUUGGGGGAACCGUGAUAUUGGGGAUCAGACCUGACUGUUGAGGUGCCCCCGGCCCCAGAGUCCUGCCUUCUUGUUCUCCGGUGCUGACUUUGUCAACCAACCAAGAGGAUGGGAGACGAGAAUGUAAGCCUGCUCAGAAGCAAUGGUUCCAGGGGGUCCCCCACCCCGGCACGCUUCCCAGCCUGGGACCCCACAUGGGGCAGCCCAAAGGUCCAGUGACCUUUUCCAGUUGCCUGGAACAGGGGUUCAGGAGCCCAGCAGCACCUCUGCACUUCCGUUCCAGCCUUAGGACUGGAAAUGGGGGUUCUUCUCUGAGCGAGGCCCCUGAGCUCACCUCCCUGUCACCCAGGGCUUCCGAGGAUGGCCAUGACCUUGACACUAGUGAUAGUCCUUCCAGAAUCGGCAACUACUGUCUCCCCCCUUCUUCCGGUCCUGGGAGAGGCCAAGACAACCCACAUUGUGGGCGUGUGGAUGGAGCAGGCACGAGUGUUUCGGGGGGCUGGAGUGAUUGCACAGCGGGGAGGGCGUUUGCCUUGCAUGCGGCCGACCCGGGUUCAAUUCCCAGCAUCCUAUAGGGUCCCCCAAGCACCGCCAGGAGUGAUUCUUGAGUGCAGAGCCAGGAGUCACCCCUGAGCAUCGCCGGGUGUGACCCAAAAAGCAAAAAAAUAAAAAAGCGUUUUGGGAGGCCACUGGCCACCCCGUGCCUUCUUCAGCUGGCUCCAAGCAGGGCUGGCUCAGUCCAGCCCCCAAAGGUGCUUAAGAAAAUCUCAACUCCAUGCACUGGAGCAAUGCACAGAAAGGAGGGGCACUUGCUUUGCACUCGACCAACCCGGGUUCGAUCCCCGAAGCACCAGCAGGAGGAAUUCCUGAGCACAGCCGGGUGUAGCCCAAAAGCCAAAACAGAAAAAGAAUCUCAACUCCAAGGUGCUGCCGAGAAACACCAGCUGUUCCCCCAAAUGUUACUCCCCACCUUUGUCAAACUGCCGUCCGCCCAGGAGCCCUGUUCUCAGAACUGGGGGCCUUUGGGGGACAAGCCCACCAAGGAUCUGGAAGGAGAGGGGAGUGGGGGCGGCUGUAGCCGUGGGAGCGGCUCCCUGACACGGAGCGUGGGCAGCUCCUUAGGCCACAAAUAAACAAAUGAACUGGCUGUGGUGUCGCUGUGUGGGGUGUCGGGUGUGGCUGGAGUGGGUGCUCCCAGAACACCCCGGACCACAAAUGUGGUCAGCCCCACAGCCCAGGGCGGAGGGGAGAGGUGGGGUCAGUGCAGGGAAGGUGUGAGGAGCGGUCGGAGCCCUAGUCCAGUGGGGAGGGUGCCGGCCUUGCACGUGGGCGACCUGGGUUCGAUCCCUGGCUUUCUCUGAGCACUGCCAGGUGUGGCUUUACAAAGAAAAGAGUGGGGGACUGGAGCAAUAGCACAGCGGGUAGGGCGUUUGCCUUGCACGCGGUUCGAAUCCCAGCAUCCUAUAUGGUCCCCCGAGCACCGCCAGGAGUAAUUCUUGAGUGCAUGAGCCAGGAGUAACCCCUGUGCAUAGCCAGGUGUGACCACAAAAAAAAAAAAAGAAAGAAAAGAAAAGAGUGGGCUGGAGCAAGAGCACAGUGGGGAGGGUGCUUGCCUUGCAUGUGGCCAACCUGGGUUCAAUGCCUGGCAUCCCAUAGGGUUUCCUGGGCAACAACGAACAGGAGUAAUCCUGAGUGCAGAAACAGGAGUAACCCCUGGGCACUGCCAGGGGUGGCCCAAAAAGACAAUAAAUAAAAUAAAUUUUAAAAAAAGGCAAGAGAAGCAGCUCCAGGGGCUUAUUAUUAAUUUUUUU